AUGAUAUCAACAGACGAGGCUUCGAAUGUCUCAACAAACAUUGAACGCGAAAUUUUCUCCAUUCAAUCUGAUAUCCGCGGAAUCAAGGAUGAGGCAUAUCGGGAGGGCGCUGCUGCGAACGCUCCCGGGACACCGUCAAAAAAGAUUUCGUGGCCCUUUCAAAGACUUGUCGCUAUUCAGAUGGACAAACAUCGGCGGGACAAGAACUUGCGAGCACAUCUACAGAAAGAGAAGACGCAGGAACAAUUUCGUAAUGAAAAACGAGAAGAGCAAUUGGACAAAGCGAUGAAGGGAGGACGAAGACCGACUUCGGUUGCACAGAAGCAGCAUCGCAAUAAGAAAAGCAUGUCGUCGCUUUUCAGUUUUAUGCGACUCAUUUCCAGUGCAUUCGGUGUCGAUAAUUCUCAUUCCCCUGUCCUAAGGAGAACCGCCUCUGAGCUUGAAUUUACUCCUUCCGGAAAGCCAACAUUAGUUGUGAACCUCAUGGAUUCCAGCGUUAACCAUUUCAUCAACAACGAACGUUCUUUCACCUUUAGGCUCGAUACUGAGGACGGCGUCUCCACUCAGGACGAUUACCAAAAGGCCUUUAGAGCAAAGACUUUUCGUGCCAGUGCUCAACUUGAUCCCUUCCAAGCACUCACAUGGGCGAUGCUAGAGCUGCAAGCUGAUUGCUUGGCGAAGCUUUAUCAACACUUCGAAUCCAACCCCGUGUCGUCAACCCAACCGCAAUCAACACAAUCGAGCAAACGCCCUCGUCUACUCGAGAACCCUGUGACAUCCCUGCUAAAAUCUGUGCAGCAACCUCCCAUGCGCAUCUACAAUUUACAAAUACUCUUGUUCUUCAUUGACCGACAUUGGAAUACUCCACGUGAAUCUAUGCAAUCAGAUAUCAUUCGCACUCUUCUGGAUCAUGUAACCAAUGAUGACGGGACUGUGCAGAGCUGGGCUUUCGUAUGCCUUGCUGCUCUAGCAUCUGCGGAUUGCGAUAAUGCUGCCAGUCUUCUCUCUUCUCAAACACUCUCCACCUCUGCCGUUCCUCCAACUACCAUCCAGACGAGAUACAUGACGAGUGUCUCUACCCGAGGUGCUUCCACUUGGGAUUCUGUAUGGACACAUGCGAUUCGCCGUACUAAUUCACAGAAUAUCGCCGGUGGCGUCGGCGUCCCGUUUGAAGUAUGUCGUGCCGCUUGCCACACCGCGAGUAUCUUGCUCGUUUACGCUAACACUGGCUCUGCCCGACAAUCGCUCGUCAGAUCUUCCCUUACCUCUCAUCGCGUUCUUUCCGAAAUCGAAACUCUUGCGAAGGAUCUAGAUGUUCAAGGUCCCGUUGCCCCUUUCGAUUCCGUUUGCACGUUUCUUUCGCUUUGCCUGAAAGUCGCAAAUCAGGACCUACCCUCUGUCAAGUUUGAUGGUAGUUGCCCAGAGUCUGCAUCCCCCAACGAAUCUUCGGACUUGAGAAAUGCCACUUUCAUGGCGCCCAUCCCCGCCGAAACGGACCUCGUGCAGCCGCAGUCCAGAGAACGUAAAAUCUCGGUGUUCUUCCUAAAAUGCCUCGAAUCAGCUCUAUCACCAUGGCAGGAAGGUUCAGACAAUACCAUAGUCCUUAGGGCUCCUGCGGCCAAGAGGGCUUUAGAUAUUGCUGUGGUCGGCCUGUCUUUUGAGUUCGUCCUUGUUCUGAACGGUAUACAGAGCAAUAGACGUGUCAUACAGGCAGCUUGCAAGUUAAUCACCUUGAUUGCCAAAUUACUUGAUCAGUCUCAGUGGAGUAUAGAGGAAAAAGGCGCCGUCCUUCUCUCAUUGGAACCUUUAGUCUGCCUUGACGCCGAAACUUACGAUGUUGCUUCUUGGACUGUAUUACUGCCACCGACCCGAGGUACCGGGAUCCGUUCUCAGACUCUGAAAUCUCUCCUGUCAAAUGAUGACAGGCGGCAGAAAACGUUGCGAUUGGAAAGAACGAAGCAUCUCAAAACAUUAUGGGGGAACCCUGACGUACAAGCCACCUUUAGUGGCAUCUCAGAAGUCUUCAAAGACAUUCUUAGAGUCGUGAUGGGCCAGCCUUCGAAAUUGCCCGCUGACGCCAUGGUUGUUGAUGACAGCUUUAGUACUGCUGGUCGCAGUCCAUCGCAAUCAUUGGGAGCCACAUUGGGUACCGCCGCUCAGAUUUCGGCAACCCGCCAAGUUGCAGGCAUCUCUAUCCUGUUUUUAUCUGUCGGUCCUCUUUUGCAGCAAAGCAAGGUCUCAAAAAUAGUGGCAAAACGGCGGCUCACUUACAUCGGGAAUUCUCCCAAGCCUCAGAUCGCGGACCAUAUUCACAACCAACCCGUCACCGCUACCAGGGAUCCUAAAGCAGUGUUUGGUGUAGAACUGAACUUCUUGCUGGAGCGAGAGUACGGUGGUAGUCCAGUACCUCCAAGGACCAUACCGUUUGUCGUUGAACCAUCCUUGGCUCAGGUGGAAGCCCGAGUUAACCAAUCGAACGGUACAAGUUCCAAAAUUGCUUGCCUUCAAGAAGCUUUCAAACAAUCGUAA